AUGGAUGAAUUCGAAAUGUCUGAUCUUGGAUUAAUGCAUUACUUUCUCGGCAUAGAAGUGAUGCAAUCUCAUGAUGGGAUUUUUAUAUCUCAAAAGAAAUAUGUGAGAGAAAUUUUAGACAGGUUCAAGAUGAAGGAUUGUAAUGCUGCAAACACUAUAGUAGAUCCUAGUUUAAAGCUUCACAAAGAUCUUGAAGAGAAGAGACUUGACAGCAUGCUUUACCAAAAAAUUAUAGACAGUUUGAUGUAUCUUACUGCUACAAGACCGGACAUUAUGUAUUCAGUAAGUCUAAUCAGCAGAUACAUGGGGAAUUCUUCAAAAAUGCAUUUGUUAGCUGCCAAGAGAAUCCUUCGUUACUUGCAAGGAACGAAAGAUUUUGGGUUAUUUUAUAAAAGAGGUAUAAAGUCUAAUCUCUUGGGAUUCACUGACAUUGAUUAUGCAAGAGAUCAAGAUGAUCAUAGAAGCACUUUAGGUUAUGCUUUUAUAUUGGGAACAACUGUGAUUUCAUGGUCUUUCAAGAAAUAG